AUGUCCUACAUGUGCACUACUAACAUAAAGCCAAAAAUUAAAGUACGCGUGCGGAAUGUCUGGUAUGAACCAGAUUUGUCUCCCGAGGGCAUUUAUCUUUGUCCCAUGCCUCAGCCACCGCCAGUGCCAAAAGGUGUAUUGUGGUUUACAAACUUGAAGCCACACGAAAGACUAUUCUAUCAUCAGACCUUGAAUUCCGUGCGAAAAAGUAAACGUUUCAUUGCAACACCAGAAAUACCACGCGAUUCAUUGGAUUUCCAGUUGCAAGCGCGUUACGAUCAUUCCCGUGAAGUAUUUCCAGAGCGUGUAGAUACAGUGUUGCAGCGAGAAAAAUGUCCUUACCAAAGGAUUGAAGGCUGUGGACCUGAUAGUGUAGUCGAACUGGCAACCUUUCGUGUGUUAAAAAAUGUUAAGGCAGUGGAGUUGCCUUCAAGUGACCAGCAAGAUCAUCCUUUGAAAAUUGGUGGUAUAAAAGAGAAGAUUUCACCACAUAGUGUUAAAUUUCUUAACAAGUAA